AUACGUUGCAGAAAUAAUCUUUUCCUUUCAGCCGUGCAGUAAGUAAACGCUUUGAAGUGCCGGCGGAGUCGAAUGUCGAUCGUUCACUGUGUAACUGCUGUUGACUGUAGUUACAGUUUCAUGUGCCGCUUGUCAUUUCCUAUUCACCAGCGCGCGCGCUUCAUUAUGUUCGCGCGACUCUGGUUGUCAAGGCGACGCAAAGCAUUCCAUAUAACAAAAGCCAACGUUACAAAGUUCUCCAAUGCUCAUGCGAUCAAUUAAAACAUAAAAGUAGCGCUGAGGAGAAAGGCUGGAAAACUGCUUUCAUUUAUGCAUUUCUAGUUGAUAAUGGAAUGCAGUGACUUAGCAUCACCUGACACAGAGAGAUUUGAUGAAGACAAGAAGAUUCUCAAAAAAUUGUCUUCAAACUCCACACAACUCACAGACCGUGAAUCAAAUGCUGACAAAAGUAAAGAUCCAUAUAUGGAGAUGCCUGAAUCCAGUCCUGAGGAUGAACAAACCAUAACAACAUCUACAACAGACUCCAGCUACUUUGUGACCUGUACAGUCAGCAUUGCAUUAGCUAUCUUGAAAGCAGAGCAUGAGGAGCAUCUGUCCUAUUCUGAGAAAAGAAAAAAAGAGACAAAGAAAGACGUAUCCAGUGAGGUAGUGGAGGCCCCCAGAGCCGAGGGCUAUUAUUGCAUUGAGUACAACAUGCUGCCGGAUGACCCUGAACCAACCAGAGUGGAUCUAGUGAUGUUCGGCGUGGCGGCUAAACUCUACAUGGCGAAUGAGACUAAGGUGCUGAAGCCUUGGCGUGAAGGAAACAAGGUGUGGGUGAGCUGGUCUCAGACUUUAAAACUCAAUGUCACCAAAGAGCUCCUGAUAAAAUUGGCCUCCCAUAAGAUCACUGUGAGAGUAUGGGACAGCAAAGACAAGGUGUCUUUCAAAGCCAGGAAUGACAGACCCAAAGCCUUCAGACUGCCACAGGAGAGGACUGGAGAGGAUCCAGAACAAAUGGGUGGCAUCAGGAAGAUGGUCUGUGAGAUGAGAGAGGUCUAUGAGAAGGAGAACGUAAAAACAAGUAAAUCUAUGAAAAACCACAAAGAUCUGGUAUCAUCAGACUAUAGGAAGCAUUUGGAGCUUCGCUGUGCCACAGCUCCUAGUAAGAGUGGUUUAACAAUAGAAAAGAGCCAAACAUCACCCACUAAGAAGACACUGUUGCAGAAACCCACCCAGGAUACUCCAGAACUCACGGAGGACAAACAGGAAAAGGAGACCGCUUCACUGGAACUCAGCGUCGCUCCUCUCCUUGCAGGGAGUACGAUGCUCUCUGACUGCAUGGGAUUCUGUUCCGGAGGAGUACAAGAGGGAUUCUGGAACAUCACUCUUGAUCAGCCACUUCUAUCCGAGCAGCUAAAAGCUGAACUCAAUCCACUAGUCAUCACAGUUUUAUCAGCUUCUUCUCUGCCAUCAUCUCCCGUUCCUUUCCAUGUACUUAAGGCAAAAUGUCAUUCUGUCUACUGUCAGUACACGUUCCACAACAUGCCUGUUUACAGAACCAAAGGCCAUGAUCACAAUGCUAAUAUCUUCUUCAAGGAUGUGAAUGUGAUUUUUACUGGUCUGUUGAGCCCUGGAAAGCUGUGUGAGUUUCUUAACGGUCCACCCAUGAAGAUCGAAGUCCAUGAUCGGGAUAGAAAAAAGGAAAGACCCUCCAGUACACCAGCUAUAUUUGGGACUGACCCCAAUGAUGCCAAAGAUGAUUUAUGGGUCACGCGUAAUGCAUUAAAAGCAGAUACUGAACUUCAUGAUCCUUAUGGCAUAGCAAAACUAGAUCUCUCAGAUCUUCUUCAAGGAUGCAGAUAUUUAAAGCUUAAAUUGCCCAUAAGGAGUUCUUCUGAGGUUCCCUCAGAUAUUGCAAUGCCAGUGGGUCAUUAUCUUGAAGCUGACACCCAGCUGAAAGUCCAGGUGGAGAUAGCACAUACCCUUCAUCAUGAAGUCGGCGACAGUGAUAGAGAUUGCCCUUUUGGUCGUGUCAUUUAUGUCUUCAAGUAUAACAAUACACCUGUCUUAGCCAAACUGACAUCAGAAAUUCUGCAGAUCAAUGCAGAUGCCUUUCAACUAAAGCAUUAUCCAGAGGAAACAAUUCAAAGGCUCCUGUCUGGUCAUAAAAUAAGAACCAAAGACAGAGAGAACAAAAGGCUGAAUGUUCUCACUGGAUUUCAUAUGAUGGAUAAGGCUCUACACCUUUUUGUUCUGGAAGGAUUCAAGGAUCAAGCAGUCAAAAGACUGUGGACUACAGUGCCUAUAAAGUUGGAUGGUGAUGAGGAGGAACAGGUGACUGCGCUGUAUAACUCAGACUUGAGUUUCUCAGAGCGACUGUAUGACAUGCUUGACGUGGGUCUGAGUCCCGUUUGCCUUGUAAAACCACUUGAGACCAUUUUGAUGGAGCCUCUGGUGUUUAUCAGAAAUACAGUUCCUCAUGCCUGUCUUGAAGCCUUGAAAUGUAUAAGCCACAUCUGCAAAGCCAAGAAGCUUCAAGAAGUAGUGCACCACGACCUGUUCCCAUCAGCCGAUAUGAUUCUAAGCUUAAGCAAGGAGUUUGGAUCAGAUCUCGGGAGAGGAGAGCUAUGGUUGGCAACAGAGACCCAGCAAACUCAGGAUAUACCUGAUUGUCAUAACAUCAGAAAGAGAACUCGCACACCUCUAGACAACUUCAACAGCGAAUACUUCCAAUGGAAAUGGAAUGAGGGUAAUAAUGUGAAGGACUUUAUCCAGGCAAAUAUUGAAGACAUCCACAGGGCGAGUAGCGAUUUACAAAAGUCAAAGCCUAAUGUGUUUUUGGAUAAUAUUAUUGAUGGUCAGACCAUCAAUUACCAUAAUGUUCAAACAACGAAUUCCCCUACUCUACUCUACAGAGAAUUUUCAAAGGACUCCACUUGCAUUAGCUUCUUUUACCCAGGUUUUAAGAGCAGUAUUGAAUCUAACCAGCACCCGAAGCGGCCAGACGAUGCUCGGAUAGAGGAGCUGAGAAAGCCUUGGAGAGAAAACAUUCUACAUGGGAACAAAUUGAAGCCAACGCUUUCCAGAUUCAGGCUGCCAUGGAUCCACAGACAUCAGGAUUUUGAACUUUACUCCAAGCCCCCAUUAGAGUUUGGAGCAGAACUCCCCCUGAGCAUCCAUUUGGCUGGAGAGGCUCUACAUGAGAUACAUGCUCAGUACAACAGGUGGCAGAGGAAGAUGUUGCUCGAUGAGAGCUCUAUAGGAAGUGGAAGAGUUCCCGAGUUCAGAUGUCACAUGAGGAGAGCUGGUCUGGAUAAACUACAAGACAUACUGAAGGACAAGCCCAUGAAAUAUUCUCUGAAGAGGCCAGGAAUGGCUUUAAAACCCAUUCCCGUUAUUUCUGUGGUCCAGCCUUCUGAAAAGACUGGCUCAGCAGAGAGGGAGGCCAAUAUUCCAUUUGCUCCUGGACCCUUUCAGAACCACAGCCUGAACUGGGACAAAAACACAAUUCCAAGAUACUCGUCCCAGUACAGCAAAUUCCACUUCAGAGAUUACUGGAGGCCACAUUCCUUUCUCCACAAGCGAAGUGUUUUACCGCUCACAGAUGAAGAGAAAAGCAAACACUCCUGUCAGAAACCUGCUGAAGCCCCAAAGACAGCUAUGAGAACUGCCCACUUCAAACACAGCAGAAACAUUACAGAGAUGAGAACCAACAAAGACAUCACCUUACAUGUGCAUUAA